AUGUCUGUCGAGGUCAGCCUCAAUACGCCGCUGGCGGACGCGCUCAACACCGCCAUCCAACGCAAGCUUAUCGAGGCUGGAUGGGUUGGCGACGUGAAUGACUCGGCCCUCGCCGAGUACAUCAUCCUCAUGCUGGUCAACGGAAAGACGCAGGAUCAGAUCGCCCACGAGCUGGCCACCGAGCUGCUCAACCUCUCUCCCGAAGACCCCUCGUCCGGGCAAUUUGCGCAGUGGCUGUUUGAGCAGAUCCACGUCCUCAACGCCCAACUCAACGGCGGUCCCCGGUCUGCCGUCGCGGAUGCCGCCGCUCCCCAGAACGAAAUAGACACGGACAUGUCGGCAACAACUGAGACUCCUGAAAUCAAUGCCCCGACCGGUCCUCGAUCAAUGCGGAACGGUAACAACAACAUGCGAGGCCGAGAUAAGCGCAUGAUGGGUCAGAUGUCCAAGGCCAUGGACCGCACAGGUGACAGCGCCCUGCACCGCGUGGGUCGCUCACGAAUCGACUCGCACAACCGCGGCCUCCCGACCGGACCGCGGGGCGCCAUGCGCGGCGGCCGCGGCGGCAUGAACAACCGCAACGCCGCCAGCAUCCAGCACGGCCUGGCCAACAUGGGAGGUCCCGGCGGCCCCGGCCCCAUGAUGAUGGGCGUCCCCGGCCCCAUGGGCGGCCCCCCCGGAGGUGGCAUGGAUGUCUAUGCCAUCCUGGAGCAACAGAACCAGAUGAUGAUGCAGCUGUCACAACAACUCAUGAACAGCAACGGAAACGGCAACGGUCACGGCGGCUACGGACAGCAUCAGAACCGACGCGGAGGAAAGUCGCUAUUCGACCGGGUGCAGAACCCUCACCACAGACACAACAACCACGGUCGCCAGAACAACGGGCAGAACGACGAGGGUGGCGCGGCCGGCGCCAACGGCGAGGGUGAGGGCGAUGACGUCGACAUGUCCGGUGGCAAGCGCGAGGCGCCGAACCCCGACGAGACGGUGUGCAAGUACAACCUGCACUGCACGAACCGCGAAUGCAAGUUUGCGCACCAGUCGCCGGCGGCGCCGCCGGGAACGCACGUCGACAUCACCGACGUGUGCAGCUUCGGGGCGGCCUGCAAGAACCGCAAGUGCGUAGGCCGCCACCCUUCGCCGGCGGCUAAGCUGGCCCACCAGGGCGAGCAGGACUGCAAGUUCUUCCCCAACUGUCAGAACCCGCGCUGCCCCUUCCGGCACCCAAGCAUGCCCUUGUGCCGCAACGGGCCCGACUGCACGACCGAGGGCUGCAAGUUCACGCACGUCAAGACGAAGUGCAGGUUCAACCCGUGCCUCAACCCAGCAUGCGCCUUCGUGCACGACGAGGGUCAGCAGGGCGGCUUCAAGGAUAAGGUCUGGACUGCCGAAGGGCCGUCGUCAAAGGAGCAUGUCAGCGAUAGGAGGUUCGUCGGGGAGGGGGCAGGCGAGGAGCUGGUCCUCCCCGGUGACGGACAGGACGAUGAUCUUGGCGCUGCUGUCAAGCCCGAGGACGAGGCCCAUGACCAGUCGGUGCAGGAUGCCGAGGUCAUCGGCUGA